AUGCGUCGCGCCAGUGCGCCAGUACUCAAUGCGUGUCGAUGGGUUCGGAGACGAGCUGCUGCCCCACGACCACCAACGUCGUCUAGUGAACAUGGCAUCUUGGAUGAAGGAUCAACAUUUUCCGACGUACAUUCUGUCGUGUUGGAUCCGACGACAAAACUACCGUACCCCGAAAAGUUCGUGAAAGAGCAUGUGGAGAAGACAUCAAGUGAAUUAUUAAAAGAGAAAUAUCAUAUGAAGUAUGGAAAUAGGAAGAAGGCUUCGAACGAAAUCGUAUUUGACCAUAUCCCAUUGGAAGAUCAGAUCGUAUGCUUAUUUCCAGGACAAGGUGCACAGUACGUUGGUAUGGGUAGUAAGGUAGUCGACUGCCCGAAAGCAAAGGAGGUUUUCGAUCGGGCGUCAGAAAUCUUGGGAUAUGAUCUAUUUAAGCUGUGCACGGAAGGUCCUAAAACUAAGCUGGAUCAAACCUUAUACUGCCAACCAGCGGUGUUUGUUUCAUCAGUGGCAACUUUGGAGAAAUUCAAGAGUGCUGAUGAAUCCUAUGCCGAACGUAUUACCGAUGCGGCUGGAUUUAGUGUGGGAGAAUUCGCCGCUCUUGUUGCUGGCGGUAUGCUCAGUUUUGAAGAUGCUCUACGUAUCGUAGUAGUGCGAGCCGAAGCAAUGCAUGAAUGUAAUCAGCUUAUCCGUAGUGGAAUGAUGACAGUCAGAGUGAAUGCGUCGUCUCGACUCGAGGAUGCUAUGUACGAGGCUAGAGAAUUGUCAAGGUUAGAAAGGAAAUGGAUCUCUUUGCUUACAAUGCUUUCGGUGCGCACGUGGUGGAGU